CAAGCGGUUCACAAUUGGCUCCGAAGUGGACGCAGACGCCGUGCACCAGUCGGUGGAGUGAGGCUUUUAUUUCGUCCCUCUCCCUGAUUUGAAUUCAAUCGAAGCUGGUUUGACACGAGAAAGAAAAGAAAAAAAACAUAUCAGGAUGCUGCAACAGCGAGUAUGAGAGGAGACUUUUAUCGCGAUGCCACUUGGGUCCUGAUGCGCAAUUCCUAAGUGCUCUUUUUGGGGGGUGGAUUUUGUUUUUCUCCCCGCACUUAAAAAAAGAAAAAGAAAAACAAGAAAGAAAAAGGAAAAAGUGGAUCGGGUGACUUUACAAGCAUGCGGCACACUUGGCGGUUUGGGACUACUUUGGAAUACUGGACGUGGCUGCAGGUUGCGUGUCUCAUGUGGAUUCAAUACUCGAGCGGGAUGCCUCACGUCAUCCGAAUCGGCGGGAUUUUCGAGCAAAUGGAGGGACCCGUCUCCCUGGUCAGCGCCGAGGAGCUGGCCUUCAAAUUUGCCGUCAACAACAUCAACAGAAACAGGACCUUACUGCCCAACACCACGCUGACGUAUGACAUACAGAGGAUUAACAUCUACGACAGCUUCGAGGCAUCUAGGAAAGCGUGCGACCAGCUGUCCCUGGGCGUGGUGGCCAUCUUCGGGCCGUCGCACAGCUCGUCGUCCAACGCCGUGCAGUCCAUCUGCAACGCGCUGGAGGUGCCCCACGUGCAGGUGCGCUGGAAGCACCACCCCAUGGACAACAGGGACACUUUCUACGCCAACCUGUACCCUGAUUACUCGUCGCUCAGCUACGCCAUCCUCGACCUGGUGCAAUUCCUCAAGUGGAAAACGGCCACCGUGGUCUAUGACGACAGUACGGGCUUGAUAAGACUGCAGGAACUGAUCAUGGCGCCUUCCAGGUACAACAUCCGGCUGAAGAUCCGACAGCUGCCGGUGGACACGCAGGACACGCGGCCCCUCCUCAAGGAGAUGAAGAAGAGCCGCGAGUUCCGCAUCAUCUUUGACUGCAGCCACCACAUGGCCGCGCAGAUCCUCAAGCAGGCCCAGACCAUGGGGAUGAUGACAGAGUACUACCACUACAUCUUCACCACUCUGGAUCUGAUGGCCAUUGAUCUGGAGCCGUAUCGCUUUUGUGGCGUCAACAUGACAGGCUUCCGCAUCCUCAACGUGGACAACCCCCUGGUCUCCUCCAUUGUGGACAAGUGGUCCACAGAAAGGCAGAUACCGCUGAAACCUGACUCGGGCCUCCUGGAGGGCAUCAUGACGACAGAUGCGGCUCUGACCUACGACGCCGUCCACAUCGUGUCGGUCUCCUACCAACACGCGCCGCAGAUGACCGUCAACUCGCUGCAGUGCCAUCGCCACAAACCCUGGCGAUUUGGCGGCCGCUUCAUGAGUUUCAUCAAAGAGUCUCACUGGGAUGGAUUGACUGGGAGACUCUCGUUCAACAAGACAACUGGAUUGCGUACAGAUUUUGACCUGGACAUCAUAAGUCUGAAGGAGGAUGGACUAGAAAAGGUCGGCAAGUGGAGUGCAUCGGGAGGGCUCAACAUCACAGAAGUGCCCAAGCGAAAAGGGAUGAACAUCACAGAUUCGCUGGCCAACCGCUCACUGGUCAUCACCACCAUCCUCGAGGAGCCAUACGUCAUGCUUAAGAAGUCUGACAAGGCACUCGUCGGGAACGACCGCUUUGAAGGCUUCUGCGUCGACUUGCUCAAGGAGCUCGCCUCCGUGCUGGGCUUCUCGUAUGAGAUCCGAUUGGUGCCCGACGGAAAGUACGGCUCCCAGGACGACAAGGGCCAGUGGAACGGCAUGAUACGCGAACUCAUUGAACACAGGGCUGACUUGGCGGUGGCUCCCCUCACUAUCACCUACAUGCGUGAGAAGGUGGUGGACUUCACAAAGCCCUUCAUGAGCAUGGGCAUCAGCAUCCUGUACCGCAAGCCAAACGCCACCAACAACGGCUUCUUCUUCUUCCUCAACCCCAUGACGCCUGACAUUUGGAUCUACAUCCUGCUGGCCUACCUGGGUGUCAGCUGCGUCCUUUUUGUCAUUGCCAGGUUCAGCCCUUACGAGUGGUAUGACGCCCACCCUUGCAACCCAGGAUCUGACGUGGUGGAGAACAACUUCACGCUGCUGAACAGCUUCUGGUUCGGAGUGGGCUCCUUGAUGCAACAAGGCUCAGAACUGAUGCCCAAGGCCCUGUCGACCAGGAUCAUUGGUGGAAUCUGGUGGUUCUUCACGCUCAUCAUCAUAUCGUCCUACACGGCCAACCUGGCGGCGUUCCUCACCGUGGAGAGGAUGGACUCCCCCAUGGAUUCUGCCGACGACAUCGCCAAGCAGACCAAGAUCGAGUAUGGCGUGGUCCGUGAUGGUGCCACCAUGACUUUCCUUAAGAAAUCAAAGGUUUCCACUUUUGAGAAGAUGUGGGCCUUCAUGAGCAGCAAGCCGAGCACGUCGCUGGUCAAGUCCCUCGAGGACGGCAUCCAGCGGGUGCUGAAGUCCGACUACGCCCUCAUUAUGGAGUCCACCACCAUCGAUUACAUCACCAGACACAACUGCAACCUUACGCAGAUGGGGGGCCUGAUCGACAGCAAAGGCUACGGAAUCGGCACUCCCCUCGGCUCGCCAUACAGGGACAAAAUCUCCAUAGCCAUCCUGAACAUCAUGGAGGACGGACGCCUACACAUGCUGAAGGAGAAGUGGUGGAGUGGGAGCAGCUGCUUGGACGACGAGCGUCGAGAGACGGGCGCCAUGGGGAUCCAGAACCUGGGCGGCAUAUUCAUCGUACUGGCAUCUGGCCUGGUGCUGUCGGUCUUUGUGGCCAUCGCCGAGUUUGUCUACAAGCUGAGGAAGACGGCGGAGAGGGAGCAGAGGUCUUUGUGCAGCGCCAUGGUGGACGAGAUCAGACUGUCGUUCACCUGCGAGAGGCGGGUGAAACACAAGCCGCAGCCCCCGGCCGCGGCGGCAGUUGUGAAGACGGAUGCGGUGAUCAACAUGCACGCUUACAACGACCGCCGUCUCCCCGGAAAGGACAACCUGAGCUGCAGCGCUGGGAUGACCCCCGUGUUCCCGUAAGUCUGCGCUCUCCGCAGGUCAAGAGCCUCCUGAGCAAUGUGUCAGGGGCGCUGCCCGAGACCAGAGACAACAGCAUCGA